UUCCAAUUCUCAACUAGGUCGAGCUAAAAGACAAAGUAGCCCGUCUCUUUGGAACUCUCAUCCUCACUCUGACCUUCACCUUCAUUUCAAUUCAUUCAUUUCUCUUUCUUUUCCUCAUUCCAUUAUUUUCCUCAUAUUUUCUAUUACCCUGUCCUGUCCAUCUUUCGUAUCAUCGCACCAGUAUAACCAUGAAGAUCAUCGAUCGUAUCAAAAAGGGCCAGGAGGAAGGCCGCAUGCCUUUCUCAUUCGAGUACUUCUCUCCCAAGACUGCUCAGGGCAUGGUCAAUUUGCACGAUCGCAUCGAGAGAAUGUGCCACCUUGGUCCUGAGUUCAUUGAUAUCACUUGGGGUGCAGGUGGCUCCCGCCCUGCAGCCACACUUGAGGUCGUAUCGAAUGCUCAGAAAGUGUAUGGUGUUGAGACAUGCAUGCACUUGAUCUGCACCAAUAACCCAACCGACAAGAUUGACAAAGCCUUAAAAGAAGCUCGCGCUUGUGGCAACCAGAACAUUCUUGCACUACGUGGAGACCCACCCCAUGGUCAGUCUGAGUGGUCAGCUUGCGAGGGUGGUUUGGCAUACGCAGCUGAUCUUGUCCGUUACAUCCGAAAGACCCAUGGUGACUAUUUUGGUAUUGGUGUGGCAGGCUAUCCUGAGAAACAUGCCGAAUCUCCUUCUAUGGAGGCUGAUCUGUUGCAUCUUAAGGAGAAGGUUGACGCUGGUGCUGACUUCAUUGUCACUCAACUCUUCUUUGAUGUUCCUAUGUUUUUUGAAUGGGUCAAGAAAUGUCGUGCUAUUGGCAUUACCUGCCCUAUUAUUCCUGGCAUUAUGCCUAUCCAAGCCUAUGCUAGUUUCAAGAAGAAUAUUGUCGGCGUGCACGUCCCUCAAUGGAUCUUAGAUGGAGUUGAGCCCAUUAAGAAUGAUGACCAAGCCAUUCGUGCAUUUGGUGUAGAGGUUGGUAUUAAGAUGACCCGUGAGCUUAUUGAUGGCGGUGCUUGUGGUAUCCACUACUACACCUUCAACUUGGAGCGUAGCACACGUUUGAUCCUUGAAGGAGCAGGUCUUGUCAAUAAGACUGUCUACAUCAAAAAGAACAUGCCUUGGCGCUCAAGCUUUGAUGAGAAGCGCAAGGAGGAGUCUGUGCGUCCCAUUUUCUGGUCCAAUCGUACGAAAUCAUAUAUCAGCCGCACAGACAAUUGGGAUGAAUUUCCUAACGGUCGCUGGGGUGACUCGCGCUCACCAGCUUAUGGUGAUCUUGACCGAUAUGGUGUUUAUUUAAAGUACACAGCAGAAGAAGCGCACCAACAUUGGGGCUCGCCUGAAAAGCUCGAGGACAUCUACAAGCUCUUUGUUAAGUUUUGCUGUGGUGAGAUUCUGACACUGCCCUGGAGUGAUCAGGCUCUAGCAUUGGAGUCUGGAACCAUCAAGGAUCGUCUUGUUGAGCUCAAUUCGUGUGGAUAUUUGACAAUCAACUCACAGCCCGCAGUCAAUGGUGCUAAGAGUGAUGACAAGAUUGUUGGAUGGGGACCAAAGGGUGGCUAUGUCUAUCAGAAAGCCUACCUCGAGUUCUUUGUUUCGCCCGAAAUUCUAGAAAAGCUCAAGAUGCGCCUGUCCAAGUCCCCUCAGUUCACGUAUAUGGCUAUCAAUAAGACUGGAGACCUGCACACCAAUACGAACGGUAGCAAGCCUAAUGCUGUCACCUGGGGUGUCUUCCCGGGCCGCGAGGUUGUUCAGCCUACAAUUGUUGAGCUCUCCAGCUUUGAUGCAUGGAAGGAUGAAGCCUUUGCAUUGUGGGAACAGUGGUCGAGAUGCUAUCCACAAAACUCCAAGUCUCAUGAACUUUUGAACAACAUUAAUCAAACCUGGUAUCUGGUCAACAUUGUAAAUAAUGAUUACCACGAGAAGGACGGUAUCUUUGAGCUCUUCAAGGAAGAUAUAUUGAAGCUUCAGGCUCAGCAGACUAUUGUCGCUGACGGCGAUGUUAAUGGUAUAGAUGUACGCACAGGGGCAAGUGGAGCCAAUAUGGACCAAAUUACUGCUAAGUUCAAGGAGACUACUGUGGUCAGCCCUGAGGUUGAGCCCCUGAUCGUUGAGCAACCUCUGCGUGUUUAGACAGCAGUUUCUUUGAUCUUAGAGUUGGAUGAGAAAAAAAAAGGAAAAAAAAUGCUAUGAGGAGCAUUUUGAAUGGACAAGAGAGUGUAUAGAGUGGUUUUAUUCUGCUUACCGUGUUGCCCCUGACCUUUGCCCUUUCCUGUUCAUGUUCAUGAUUGCCACACUCCUUUCA